CUUUCGGACACAUUAUAUACACAGAAUGUCCGAGUUGCGAUUCGAUAACCAAACGGUGGUCGUCACCGGUGCCGGUGGUGGUCUGGGUAAGGCAUAUGCUCUCUUCUUCGCCUCAAGGGGUGCAAAUGUCGUUGUGAACGACCUCGGUGUCUCUCACAAGGGCGAGGGCAAGUCGGGAAAGGCCGCAGAUGUUGUUGUCGAGGAGAUCCGCGCCGCUGGCGGUAAGGCCGUCGCCAACUACGACAGUGUCGAGAACGGUGAUGCUAUCAUCGAGACCGCUAUUAAGGCCUUCGGCCGCAUUGAUAUUCUGCUUAAUAACGCUGGUAUCCUGCGGGAUGUUAGCUUUAAGAAUAUGAAGGAUGCCGACUGGGAUUUGAUCAACACAGUUCACACCUACGGUGCAUACAAGUGCGCAAGAGCCGCGUGGCCUCACUUCCGCAAACAAAAGUUCGGCCGUGUUAUCAACACUGCCUCGGCUGCUGGUCUAUUCGGCAGCUUCGGCCAGGCCAACUACUCAGCUGCCAAGCUCGGCCAGGUCGGUUUCACCGAGACCCUGGCCAAGGAGGGUGCCAAGUACAACAUUAUUGCCAACGUUAUUGCUCCUAUUGCUGCCAGCCGCAUGACUGCAACUGUCAUGCCCCCUGAUGUUUUGGAAAAUCUUAAGCCCGACUGGGUGGUUCCUUUGGUCGCUGCCCUCGUGCACUCAUCUAAUACUACAGAGACCGGUGGUAUCUACGAGGUCGGUGGUGGUCACGUUGCCAAGCUCCGCUGGGAGCGAGCCAAGGGUGGUCUCCUGAAGACUGAUGACUCCCUAACCCCUGGUGCUAUCGCCCGGAAGUGGAACGAUGUCAACGAUUUCUCUCAGCCCGAAUACCCCACUGGCCCUGCCGAUUUCAUGGCCUUCUUGGAAGAUGGCCUGAAGACGCCCAGCGCUCAGCCUGGGGAGGAACCUGAUUUCAAGGGUCGUGUUGCCCUGGUCACUGGAGGUGGUGCCGGUCUCGGCCGCGCAUACUGCUUGCAGUUUGCUAAGCUCGGUGCCUCCGUUGUGGUCAACGAUCUUGUUGACCCUGAGCCUGUGGUCCAAGAAAUCAAGAAGCUCGGUGGCAAGGCUGUUGGCAACAAGGCCAACUGCGAGGACGGCGAUGCUGUCGUCAAGAGCGCCAUUGAUGCCUUCGGCCGCAUUGAUAUCUUGGUGAACAACGCCGGAAUCCUGCGCGACAAGGCUUUCACCAACAUGGAUGACAACCUGUGGAACUCCGUUGUUAAUGUCCACCUCCGUGGUACCUACAAGGUGACCAAGGCUGCCUGGCCCUACUUCCUCAAGCAGAAGUAUGGUCGUGUUGUCAACACUGCCAGUACCAGCGGUAUCUAUGGCAACUUCGGCCAGGCCAACUACGCUGCUGCCAAGCUUGGUAUCCUCGGUCUUUCCCGCGCUCUAGCCUUGGAGGGUGCCAAGUACAACAUUAAGGUCAACACCAUUGCUCCCAAUGCGGGUACCAACAUGACCCGUACCAUUAUGCCUGAGGAGAUGGUCCAGGCUUUCAAGCCCGACUAUGUUGCUCCCCUUGUGGUCUUGCUGUGCUCUGACAUGGCCCCUGAGCCUUCCACCAAGGGUCUGUUUGAGUGUGGUAGCGGUUGGUUCGGCCGUACCCGCUGGCAGCGCACUGGCGGCCACGGCUUCCCCGUGGACGUCAAGCUGACCCCCGAGGAGGUGGUUCGUAACUGGAAGCAGAUCACCAACUUCGAUGAUGGUCGCGCUGAUCACCCCGAGGACGGCCAGGCCGGCGUGGAGAAGAUCAUGGCUAACAUGUCUAAUCGCGUGCACGGUGAUGCCUCCAGCGAGAACGAGACCCUGAAGAACAUCGAGAAGGCCAAGGCCCUUUCGAGUGAGGGCACUCCUUUCAACUAUGAGGACCGCGAUGUAAUCCUGUACAACCUCAGCUUGGGCGCCAAGCGCACUGACUUGCCUCUGGUCUACGAGAAUAACGACCAAUUCCAGGCCCUUCCCUCGUAUGGUGUUGUCCCCUGGUUCAACACCGCUACUCCCUGGAACAUGGACGACUUGGUGAAGGACUUCUCCCCCAUGAUGCUGCUCCACGGCGAGCAGUACAUGGAGGUUCGCAAGUUCCCCAUCCCCACCACCGCCAAUACCCUGACCUAUCCCAAGCUCAUUGACGUUAUCGACAAGGGCAACGCGGCCAUCGUCGUGGCCGGGUACACGACCAAGGAUGCCAAGACCGGUGAGGAUCUGUUCUACAACGAGUCCAGCGUCUUCAUCCGUGGCAGCGGCGGCUUCGGAGGCUCUCCCAAGCCCACUGCCGUGCGCGCCAAGGCUGCCACUGCUGCGUACAAGGCGCCGCAGCGCCAGCCCGAUGCCGUGGUUGAGGAGAAGACCUCUGAGGACCAGGCAGCGCUGUACCGCCUGAACGGUGACCGCAACCCGCUCCACAUCGACCCCGAGUUCAGCAAGGUCGGCGGCUUCAAGACCCCCAUCCUGCACGGUCUGUGCUCGCUCGGUGUGUCGGCCAAGGCUGUCUUCUCCAAGUAUGGUCCCUACAAGAACCUCAAGGUUCGCUUCGCGGGUGUCGUCCUGCCUGGCCAGACCCUCAAGACUGAGAUGUGGAAAGAGGGCAACACCGUCCUGUUCCAGGCCACCGUUGUUGAGACUGGCAAGCCUGCUAUCACCGGUGCCGGUGCCGAGCUUCUGGAGGGCGCCAAGGCCAAGCUGUAA